AUGAUAGCCAUAUUCGCCUUUUUGGUGAUAAUUCAUCAAACAAAUGCGAAUCUUCUGAUGCCUGGAAUUUAUAAAGAAACGAUCGAAUUGCAGAUUGGAAAGGUAACUUGUCAUCUGUUUUUUGAAUCAAAAUCGCUUGAAAAUUGUUCUAGUAUCAAUUGAUUGGUGUUCCACAAGCUGCGCUGAACGGUACUGAAGUUCAAUUGGAAUUCACAUGCGAUCCGGACGUUGAUUUGGAAUUCGAUGUAGGUUUUUCUGCGAGUGUGUAUAACAAUGAUAUCGGAUUAAAUAAAAUUUGUUACUUAUUCUAAUAUAUGAAGAAAACUGAAAAAUUGGUGUUAUGCAUCAUUUUUUCAUCUUUAGAAUCCACGUUGUAGCAAUCCUGAGAAAUGGAGAUAAGCAAAAAUUAUACCUGGUUUUGAUGGUUACAACUAAAUUCUGUCAUUGAGAUUUGAUUUUUUUCUCAAUUUCAAGUCACAUUGUUUUCAGAGAUUGCGAAAUCGCGUCAAAAAUUGAAAUUUUUUAUUGAAUUCACUAAAAUCAUUUUCAAAAAUAUUUUUUUUCAGGCUGAAUAUGUUCUCCGUUCAUCUCCUUGCGACAAAGAAUUCUUCAACACUCCAGAAUCGCGUCGUCGUCAAAAUCUUGUCUUUUAUUUCAAUCAAACGAAUCAAAACCACAUUCCUGACGAUUUCGAUUAUUCACAAAUUGUUUAUUACAAAUCACCGAUUCAAACAAUCAAAUGCAAAAGUUCACAGGGACGAUUCAUUUUUCCAAAUGCUAAAAUUCCUAUGGAAAUAAAAAACGUUACUCCAGUUCAUGUAGAUCGUGUUAAACGAGAUGUUUUGGCGUAAGUUUAUGAUUUUAUGAAUUGAAUAUUUCAACAUCCAUCUUUUCAGAUCUUUUCAUUCAACACAAACCAUUCCCCUCGAUGGUAUUUAUUACAUGAUCAUCAAAAUUGUUGGCAAAGCUUUUCCAAGUAAUCCAGAAGCCAACACAAAUGUUACUGUUUCCGUACAAUGGAAAGCCCCAUAUGGAUAUUUGUCUGCAAUUGAUUGGCCACUUUUGAGGUAUUGUUUUAUUGAAAAUCAGCUUCAUUGAAUACCUUUGAAAAAAUUCUCAAAAAUCGAUUUGUUUUUAUGUUUGUUGGCCGUAUGGAAAUGAGAGUCACUCCGCGGAAAAAUGCAUUUGAACGAUUAAUCAGAGUUCGACAGCAUUUUAUCGUUUUUUUUGCGGGGUAAUCAUUUCCAUACGGAAGUCCAAAAUUCUUCCGACCAAACCCCGCACACAUUAUUAGCACAGAAAAACACAAAAAUGAAACUUUUUACAGGUUCUACAAAAUUAUGGGAAUAUUCUACAUGAUUUUAGCGCUAACCUGGGUUUACUACUGUAUAAAAUAUUAUCGCGAUAUUUUGCGAGUUCAAUACUGGAUUGGUGCGGUUAUUGUUCUUGGAAUGAUUGAAAAAGGAUUUUUCCUUUCUGAAUAUGCUACAAUGAAUGAUGAAGGAUCAAGUAUUGACGGUGUUUUAGAGUUAGCCGAAAUUGUAUCAUGUGCCAAAAAAACAAUGUCAAGAGUUCUAGUCAUCAUAGUAUCUGUUGGUUAUGGUGUUGUCAAACCGCGAUUAGGUCAAACAUUGAAUCAAGUUGCUGGAGUUGGAUUGGUUUAUUUCAUUUUCUGUUCAAUUGAAGGAAUUGCACGGGUUUCCAAGGUAUUUUUAUUUUGAGAACAAUGAGAAAACGAACGUCUUUGUUUAGAAUACUGUGGAGGCGACGAAACAAAAACAGUUUGCUGCGCUACCUUUGGUUUUGACUGAGAUGGUUAUCUUCUACUGGAUUUUCACUUCGCUUACUGCCACUAUUCGAAUGUUGAGAUUAAAAAGAAAUGAUGUGAGUUUUGUUGCGUUCAAAAGGAAAAUGAAACAAAAUGGGUGAAGAAAACGAAAAUUUUAUAUUCUUUAAAAAUAAUUGUAGAUUUAGAAAUGGAAUGAACAAUUAAUUUCUGAACAAGUUUCGCGAAGUUUCAAAUGAGAAAAAUAUGUACUGUAAAAUCUGUAAUAAAUGGGAAAGUUGCUUUCUCUUUUUUGGUUCAUUUCCAAUCGUUUUCCAUUUCAAUUAAAACACCAAUAUUUUUUCACAUUUUCAAUUCUAGAAAUUCCCAUUUUUUAAGGUGAAACUAAAUGUUUAUCGUCAUUUCACCAACACUUUGGUAUUUGCUGUGGUGGCUUCAGUGAUAUUUAUGUUAUGGAGUAUGAUUUAUCAUAUUUUCCCAACAUGUCGUGUUGAUUGGAAAGAACUGUAAGAGAUUUUCAACUUCUGUUUUACUAGUAACAAUCAAAUUUAUAUUUUUAGCUGGGUUGACACCGCAUUUUGGCAUGUGUUGUUCUGCUUCAUUUUGGUGGUAAUUGUGAUUCUUUGGAGACCAUCGCAGAAUAAUCAACGAUAUGCAUUUACCCCAUUGUUGGAUGAUAGUGAAGACGAGAAUGAUCAAGGUAUACAACUUUAAAUGAAUUUCAAAGUUUUCAAUGUUUUUUUAUUCAGAUGAAAUAUUCAACGCAUUCCAACCUGGAUUUGAUAUUUUGACAGCUCGAACUUCAGGAGCUGGAGCAGAAUAUCGAAGACUUCGAGAAACCGAAAAAGAGCAAGAUCGUCAAGAUGAAAUGAUAAAGGAAGAUUUGAAAUGGAUUGAAGAGAAUAUUCCAACAACAUUGACAGAUACAUUAAUUGGAGGACUCGAAGAUCCCGAUGAAAUUGAGUCUCGACAACUUGAAGUUAGCAAAAUGCUAUAA